UAAUGUUCAGACGUAAAGCUGUUUUCAUAUUAGUUUAUAUAUUGGACGUUUUCCUAUGAAUAUAUUUAAAUAAUAAUUGCUGACUGCUUUGAUUUGGUAAAUGUGUUUAAUGAGAUAUUCAUUCAUAUCGUUUUAAGAGUGACGUAGACAAAUUGGCAGACUAUAUCAACCUUACUAUUAGCCGUUCGAAGCUGGUUACUUCGACCAACUGAUGGACAUAUAUGCAGUAAAUAAUCUACGAAUGUGUAUAGAAAGUAAAAUUAUUUGGAUUUUCUAUUGGGUGGUUUGCGUAUUUUAAAGGAUAAUAAAUAAUAAACCGCAAAGUAAAACUUGAACAAAUUAUACAACUAGCAAUUUACAUGUAGGUGUUCAUCAAAUAAUCGACAGUGAAUAUUUUUCUAGAUAUAAAAAAAAAUAAACAUAGGAAUAAAACAUGACCGAACGUUCGAGAUCUAGGCAUAAUGAAAGGUCAACUAGAAUUAAAACUUCACGUAAUCAAUAUUCUCCCGAGGGCAGUCGAGACAUUGUUUGUAUAGAGAAAGUAGACUCCUCAUCGGAAUCGGAAUACUCCUCUGAAUCGGAGUUUCAACAUCCGCCAACGCGCAAUGUAAGCUGUCAGACGAGGACAAAAUUCGUUAUACAAUCAAAGCCUAAACAGAAAAAAGAGUACCCUAUUCGGUAUGUGGUGAAAGAAGAAUCACCAGAGAGAGACUACCCACAGAAAUAUGUAAUUCAACGUUCGUCAACUCGCAACGUUCGUUGCCAGAUGACAACACAUUACUUUAUACCAGGGCAGUAUAGAAAGAGAAAAACUUCAAAUAAGAAAAUUCAAGUCGUUGUAGAUAUUUAUCCUGACACACCUUCUCCCAGAACUCAAUUAUCUGACAACAUUGAUGUUACAGUGCAUUACGAUAAAGAUUAUGAUUCGUUGUACCCAAAGUCACCUAAAGACAGUCGUAAACUCGUUCAUUAUAUAGAUUUGAGACAACCUGCAAACAAAUUAAAGCAAAAACCGAUUGAAGAAUUUGGACGUGAUAUCAUAUAUCAACUGAAGAAAGAGGGCUAUAUAUAUGAUAAAGUCACAGAUACCAGACACAACUCUAUGGAAAAUCCUAUAGUUAUGGUAGACGGGCAUAGAUAUGAUAAAGUCACGGAUGACUUAGAAUCGAUUACAAUUAAAAGUACUACGGGAAAGAAAGGACAGCAAUCAAAUGACUCCAAUUUAUCCAAAGAACAGAAAAAGAACGUUAUAAAUCAAACUAUUGUUUAUGAUUAUAGAUAAAUGACGUACAGUACAUUUAUAUAAAGUUACAUUUUUAUGUUAAUGGUUAUGGUGUAAGGUUCAUACCUGUACAUAACAAAGCAAUGUUUUCAAACUAA